GAUCUCUGCUGAUCAGUCAGUUAUCAUCAGUCAUAUUUUGAAGGAAAUGUACUGUGGAAAGAAGUUAUGGUUUGUGUCGUAAUCGAAUGCGUAUAUCUGAGCGGAAAACAUCCGUCGAAAUCUGAUCGUUUGUGACCGUCGUUCCGACAUUGUACGAAAUUCGGAAGAGUUAUUUGCCGAGUCCCGUAUCCGGGUGUGUCGUCUAAUGUGGAGUGUCAAGUGACCCCCGUCGCGAUUACUCCCGAUUGGAUGUGUGCAAGUUGAAAGCUUAAAAAACUCGAUGAUUGGAAAGUACCCUUUCGACGCAUUUGAAGGUGGGAAAUCAGUUUCGAAUGAGCCUUGAAAACCUUUGAUGUGCUUUGGAGAUACUGUGAAAUUUGCUACAUGAGAUUUAACCUUCUGCCGUUCCAAUCAAGCGAAAGUUAAAGUAAUCAUUACAAUGCUAAGCUAGUUUGAUAGGGAACAGCAAGGGAAAAAAACCAUUUCAGGAAUAAGAUUGGAGAGUUUCGUUUGUGAUUGCGGCUUGAAAAGAAUUUGUGUGCAUUUGUAACAAAAUUUAAGUGUUACUUAAUAGGAUAGCUCGAGGAGUUGUGGCCCCUAAUAUGAGAGUGCAUUAGCCAGAAGCUAUUCCUCUAGAGGUGUGACGAAACGAAUUUCAUAGCAUUGGGGUGUUUGUUGAAUGUUUACGUGUGUCGUGUGUAUCGAAACAGAGCCUGAGCUAUUAAAUUACGUGAGUGUGCAGUAGUGAAUUUUCAAGGAUUUCGUAAUCUCUUGAGUUUUUGGUGCGUGAUAUCAAGAAAUUAUUAUUCGAUCGUUGCAGUAAAAAAAAGUGCAGCAGCUUGAAAGCUAGAGGAGAACAUCAGUUGACAAGGAAUAUUUACAAAUAACAACUUUGGGUAAACUUGUGUUGGAAGAACAUUCAGCAGCUUAGCAGCCAAAAUGACACGAGCAACGACGACGGCCGCGACAAAGCCCAAACCAGAAAAAGAGAAACGAAGGAACAAUGAAAAGCGCAAAGAAAAAUCACGCGAUGCAGCUCGCUGCCGCAGAUCUCGCGAAACAGAGAUCUUUCAAGAGCUAGCCGCACUGCUCCCGAUGCGCCAAGAGGAUGUAGACCAUCUAGACAAAGCUUCCGUCAUGCGUUUGUCUAUCGCCUAUCUGCGGGUUCGAGAAAUGCUCGAGUUGUUUCCAAAUGAAGCCAGCGAGCCGAAGAAAGAGGCCACAGAAACCGGUGAAUCGGAUGAUUCAACAGAGGACGGAAUAAGCGACGAUGAUGAUGUGAAGGAAAGCAAGAUAGCCUUGGAGGAACUUGCAAUUGAAAGUGAAAAAAUUGCCCUUCAGACGUUGGAUGGAUUUCUUAUGGUUCUAUCAGCAGACGGAGAUGUCACUUAUGUUUCCGAGAAUAUUGGCGACUUUUUGGGCAUUUCACAGAUCGAUAUUAUGGGUCAACCGAUCUGGGACUACAGUCACCAGUGUGACCAUGACGAGCUGCGUGAAGCUUUGAACGGAAGGCACAGUGCGGCAGAGAUUAACAAAGGUGUCGCCAACGGGGACUGUGCUCCGAUGCAGAGCCGCGACUUUUUCCUACGGUUGAAGUGUACCCUUACUAGUCGUGGACGGAGUGUCAAUAUCAAGAGCGCAUCGUACAAAGUGAUCCAUGUUACGGGACACAUUGCGUGCAAAGACAACGGCCAGCGGCAGCUCGUGGCCGUUGCCCGUCCAUUGCCACAUCCUUCCAACAUCGAAAUACCGCUGGAUUCGAGCACUUUUCUAAGCAAGCAUUCGUUGGAUAUGAAGUUCAGCUAUGUGGACGAUAAAAUGCAGUCCUUGCUAGGCUACGAUCCAGCAGACUUGAUGGGAAAACCGCUGUAUGAGUGUCAUCAUGGUAUCGAUUCGGAACACUUACUAGCAACAUUUAAAAACGUGAUCAGCAAAGGCCAAAGCGAAACAGCUCGGUACCGGUUUCUAGCCCGUACCGGCGGUUACGCUUGGGUUGUGACGCAAGCGACGCUUAUUUACGAUAAGCAAAAGCCGCACAGCAUCGUUUGCGUCAACCACGUCAUCAGUGGUGUCGAGAACAAAGAUGAAAUAUACUCGUGUGCUCAAUUGGAGGCACGUCAGCAAAAAUCAACUGCGGAAUCACCAACAUCAACCGCUACACAAGCAGAAGCUGUCGCAGUGACGGACACCGCAGUGAAGACUAGUGAUAAAGUGCUCAAAGAAAAUAUCAAUCACAUUAAUACUGAUAAUCCCACUACCAAAUCCGAACUAUUGUCGGAAAAUACAGCGAAAAAGAAACCACCAACAGAGGAAGUGAUUAAAGUGCUUGGAACAGUUACUGGCAACAGCAUCAUUCGGAAAGUUACCGCUGCCAGUGUACCACGCCCAGUGUCAGUGACGGCAUCAAUUUUCAACUCCGUACCGAAGAAAGAACCAUCGACCGUUACAAUAGGCACUGGUGACAAGCCAACAAUAGCUGCAUUGCGUAAGGUUCCCCAGUCGGUAACAGCGAAACUAUUUGUUACUCUCAAUCCACAAACCACCAGUGGAACUCCACCGGAUCCUGCACCGACUGCUGCUACGGUCAACUGUAACAAACCGAAACACGCGACCGAUACUAUUUUUGCCCCACGCACGCAAGAUAUGAACAAAGGGUUCUUGAUGUUCUCGGAGGAGGAGCCAGGAUUAACAAUGCUAAAAGAUGAACCUGACGAUUUAACGCAUCUGGCACCGACGGCGGGCGAUGCCUGUAUACCUCUGGAAGAAACUGGUCCCUUCUUCAACGAUGUAUUUGACGAUUUCAUGAUUGUCGAUAACUAUCAAUCGUUGCUUGAAGAUGAACUGAACUGCCUGGAAAGUGCCGAACACAGACUCGGAUCCAGCAGCAGUAUAUCAGUCACGUCAGUGGCUUCCCCCAUCACGGUCAAUGGAACCACUAUCACAAUGGUAGCUCAUCACAAUCCACAGAACGGCAGCACCGCUAGCAGCCAGCUCUCGUCACAUUCGUCGCCAUCACCAUCGCUAUCGUCCUGUUCGUCGUCGUCCCUUUCAUCGCCCUCCACAGCAAGCUCUCCGCUGAACAUCUCAGCCACUUCGCCCAGCGGUAUUGGGACAGUUUCGUCAUUAGGCUCGGCAUCGGUGACAUCACGUAACACUUUCCCCGGUCAGAACUGCCAUAAUGUCGAUCCAAGCAGCAACGAUCCGUUUAUAAACUACCGGGAUGAAAUCUGUGAAGUUAGCCAUUCACCGCAUUUACUGUCGCCCGGAUUGUCGAAGAGUCCCGGAGGAAGUAGUAUACCAUCGCUGUGCAGUCCGAACGGCUCCGGCUGCCCGGAGGAUGAGCUUGCAUUUAUGACACUAAACAUGGACGACGAUUUGGACCUGUCGAUGCGGGCUCCAUACAUAUCGAUGAGCGAAGUGGAUGAUCUUCCGCUGCUAACAUCAGACGAUUUGAUGUGGGGAGCUCCGCCAGUAUCAAUCGACGGAACUAGCGGUGCCGGUAAAUAUACAAUAAUCAAGCAGGAAUUUCCCGCCGUUUCGCAACAAAUAAACGCAACAUUGGCCGGCGGCAAGUCCGAGCCUGCAGCAAAUGUGCGAACUGACCUCAGUAGCAAUAGUAGCACCAGUAACUGCAACGGCAGCGGUAAUGAAAACAAUUGCAAUAUCGGGAACAAAAUCAUCGAUUCCAGCCUGGCAGCUCUGCUGUGCGGCAACGUAAUUAACAUACAGACGGCGACAAUACAGCCAAACAGCAACCAUCAACAAAUUUUAAUACAACCGCAACAGACACAGACUACAACUACGGAACAACAACAACCACGACAACUGACCAGCGAGAAGAAAAUCAAGCUUGUCGAAUCUAAUAUGUUGCCCCCGAUGGUGGUUAUAGCACCAGGAUUUAAAACUAGCAACACAAUCGAAACCUGGACCAUGAACGAUCUGCUACAGCUGAACGGAGCUGGUACUGCUGCCGAAAGCAAUGCUACAACAACGACAACAAACUCAGUAGCCUGUAGCCCCAAACUGAACGCCACCGUAGUUGCAACCUCGGUUGUAUCGAAGAAAAACUCCACUCACAGCAGCAAUACCUCAACGAUGCCGGCCACCAACACAAAUAAACGCUCCCACACGACCUCAGAAAGUGGUAGUGACACAACCAGCAAACGUGUCAAGUCAACUACCUCGGUCAAUACACAUCAACAGCAACAGCAAUCUCCGACUUCCUCACCUCAACUGCUCCAGCAGUUGAUGGCCCCGUCACCGGUUCCCACCAAGGCGAAGUCCAAGUCGAAAGUCGGACACGAACAGUCAGAGCACCGGUGGGCAACCAGCAAACUGAUUGGCCUGCAGGAGCAAUCUUCGAAUUCGGUUCUGAUGAAUUUGCUCGUCAGUGGAUGCGAUAACAUUCCCGAAUCUCCGCCAGAGAUAUUGAUAGCAGUAGAGGAAUCAAAUCAAGCGUCUACCCACGAACGCAGCGAUUUGAGCGAUGACGAUGACGAUAAUGUCCCAAUUCUGGCCAAUCCAAUGAUGAGCAGCGGAGCACCGCUGACCAUUCAAACCGACGACGCUCCACUUGUGCUCGAGAAACGCGACCUAGGACGCGCCGGUGAUGACGAUUUCAUGAUGACCGUUUCCCCCAGCUUGCUGACACCGACAGACCUGGAAAUUUGGCACGCCAUCAAACAGGGCGUCUUAGAUCCGAAAAAGAUCCCAAUUACAUACCAGAUAUCUCCGAUGGUCGGCAGUGGAGUCGCAACAAAAAUGUCCAAGUCUAUGGCCACUACUCCGACCGCUCAGCUAGAGCUGCAAAUGCACGAGGAUGACGGGGCGGACUGUGGAAAUCUGCUAACUGUUCUGGAUCCGGCCAUGGCUAUCAGCAGGCUGCAAACUGAAAUGGAGGAAGACGAGCAGGACUAUGAGAUGACUAUCCCCGCCAAUGCCAUCAUGCAGAAUAGUCUUAUUUGAUUGUGUGAAAAACUUUAAUUUGUUUUCUAUUCAGACAACUGACAAGUCAAUCUUUUCCGCAGUUUAAAUCACUUUGUUUAAGCUAAAUUUCUCGAAAAUCACUACGAUUUAUUAAUUUACAGUAAAUGAUUUGGGUUUGCAAUAUAGCAGCGGUAAUUAAAGUAGUAAUGCUAGUUUUGGCCAUUUUUUGUAAGAAUAAAAAACUUUUCUCGAUCUUUUCGGUUGUAUGUUUAGAGAAGUUCAAUGGUUCAAAGUAAACGAUAAUGCUCAGAAGUACAUACAUACAACAAAAUCAAGUUUUACAUUUAUGAAAGCGUUAGCGUGAUAUUUCUAUGGAAAAAGAUCGAGUGGAGUCUUGUAGUUGAUGAUUGUUGACACAUUUUUUUGUAGUUUUAUAUGUUGUUCAAGUCUAGGUUUAAAAAAGAAAAAGUAAUAUGUUCAAAGUAAUUUGUCUGAAGUUUCAUUUAUUUGGUGAUGGUUACGAUAGGAGUUUGUUUUUCUUCUAACAAUAAAUCGAUAAAGUACAAUGACACAAAAUGCGAAUUUGGAAAUGGAGAUUUGACGUGUCGCUAGGUUUAUCAACAACUGGUAUAUGUUUUUUUGCUGUCCUAAAUUUAAAAAAAAACGCAACUAUAUAAUCUCACUUGUAUAAAGCAAACGUAACGCAUUUUAAAAAUCGAACAACAACCAGGUUGUAGUCUCUCUGGAGCACAAAGGUUUAAUAUUUUGUUGGUAACAAUUUGAAAACAAUCUCCAACUUUGCUUUUUUAUUUCCAUUGUUUUUUUAUUUGCAUUGAAAUAUAUCACUUAACAAGUUACUAAAUAGAGAGAGAAAACACAAAAUUGCAUUUUAAAUACCAGACAAAUUGAACAAGUAUCAACCAGAUUGUCGAUCGCAAACGUUAACCCUGCAUUUUAGCCCUUUUUGUCAGUAGUGUUUCAUAUAUUGUUAUAAGAAUUAUAUUCUGUUUCAGCACUUUUUCAUAAAACACCGAAGAAAAUAAAAUCUUCCAAUGACAAACACACGAAAUAACAAAUGUUAUUAAUGGAUGCAAAAUAUAUACAAAAAAUCGUGGAGGUAAAUCUUUCCUUUUCUAUUCACACUUGUAGUAUAUAGUUUAUGUAUGUAAUAUUACAACAUGAAAUUAGCUAUAAUACAGAGAAUUUAUAAUAGUACUAGUUUAACGCA